UAACGCGUAUAUUGUGUCAUUAUCUUCCUCAGCUGAAAUUUUAGUGCGCGCACAUAGUAAGGAACGUGGACUUGAACAAAGAAAGUGCCUUUUGCCAAAGCUAUACAAUUUAUUGCUGAUGGCGACAGCGAGAAGUGUGCGAAACUAGCGAAAGACAUUUCACAUAUCGAUAUCGUCGUACUUGUUUAGUACCAGCACGGGCAUUGCGACCGGCAGCUUUUUGGAUCGAACGUCAGCGGGUCAGCAACAAUCAAGGUCCAGCGCCAGCGCGGUGAGCAUUAAAAGGCUCCAGCGUAUUGGACACUACACACUCAUUCUCAUUCCAAGCAAUGAGUGCUGCUAAGAAAUAUAGGCCUAUGGAUACGACUGAACUAAACGACACUGAGAAUAUUGCCGCCUGUUUGAAAAAGGGUGACAGCAGCAAUCCAAUAACGACGACGACGACGACAACAGCAACAACAACAAACCGAAGCGCCUUCGCCGCCCAAAAUAUGAAUUCGGCAGCGUCCACAAAUGGCGAACGAUUGCCAAAUUUUUCGAUGCUGGGACCGCAUCAUGGCAAUGAUAUACGUGCGGCAUCAACUACCUCAAAUCUUCUUAAUCGCAUGGGAGCCAUACACAACACCAAGCCGGGUGAUGUUAAAAAGAUUGUUAUUAAGAACUUCAAGGCUAAACCCACACUGCCCGAUAACUAUUCUGAGGACACUUACGUGAAGCUGGAAGAGGCCGUUCUCGCCAUCCAAUUGUCCAAGCCCAUUAAAUAUUCCCUGGAAGAGCUCUACCAGGCCGUUGUGAAUAUGUGCAGCCAUAAAAUGGAUGCACAAUUAUAUGCCAAACUUAAGGAGCUGACGGAACAGCACGUUAAACGUAAUAUCAAACUGAAGGAGCUCACUGGUGGCAGCAUGGACAAACUAGUAUUGCUGGAAAAAAUCAACAAUUGGUGGUUAUCAUUCUGCCAGCAAAUGAUCAUGAUACGUAGUAUAUUUUUAUAUAUGGAUCGCACCUAUGUGCUGCAAAAUUCACUUAUACACUCGAUAUGGGACAUGGGGCUGGACCUCUUUCGCAUACACUUUGCCCAGAACAGCGUUGUACAGAAGCGCACUGUGGACGGCCUGCUUACGCUCAUCGAGAAGGAACGCCAGGGCGCAACCGUGGAUCGUGGUUUGCUUAAGAGCUUGGUGCGUAUGCUGUGUGACCUGCAGAUAUAUAGCAGCGCAUUUGAGGAGAAGUUCCUUGAUGCAACUAAUCAACUGUACAAGGCUGAGAGUCAACGCAAAAUGCAGGAGUUGGAGGUGCCCGAGUACUUACAGCAUGUGAGCAAACGCCUCGCCGAGGAGAAUGAGCGUCUCUUGCAUUAUCUAGACUCCAGCACAAAACAUCCUUUAAUAUAUAAUGUGGAAAAGGAACUGCUUGCCGAACAUUUAACGACAAUUCUGCAAAAGGGCCUUGACUCACUUCUAGAGGACAACAGACUGAACGAUCUAACCCUUUUGUAUGGCCUGCUUAGUCGCGUCAAAAACGGCACUUCCGAGCUCUGCGGCAAUUUCAAUGGUUACAUCAAGAAAAAGGGACGCACCAUUGUCAUCGAUCCCGAGAAGGACAAGAGUAUGGUGCAAGAUCUGCUGGACUUCAAGGACAAAAUGGAUGUCAUUGUGCGUAAUUGCUUUGAGCACAAUGAGAAAUUCACAAAUUCGCUGCGCGAAGCCUUCGAAUUCUUCAUUAAUCAGCGCGCCAACAAACCGGCUGAACUAAUUGCUAAAUAUGUGGAUAUGAAAUUGCGCUCAGGCAACAAGGGCACCACCGACGAGGAGCUGGAAAAGACGUUGGAUAAGAUCAUGGUUCUGUUUCGUUUUAUACAUGGCAAGGACGUCUUUGAAGCAUUCUACAAAAAGGAUCUGGCCAAGCGUUUGCUCGUGGGCAAAUCUGCCUCGGUGGACUCGGAGAAGAGCAUGUUGUCGAAAUUGAAACAGGAAUGCGGUGGCGGUUUCACAUCUAAACUGGAGGGCAUGUUCAAGGAUAUGGAACUGAGUCGUGAUGUCAAUUUGGCAUUUCGAGGUCAUGCGCUUAGCAACGAUCGUGAUGUGACCAAUCUGGAUUUAACCGUCAGCAUACUGACCAUGGGCUAUUGGCCAACAUACACGCCCACCGAGGUCACAAUGCCGCCCCAAUUUAUCAAUCCCCAACAAAUAUUCAACAAGUUCUAUCUGGAGAAACACAGCGGGCGAAAGCUACAAUGGCAGCCAACACUGGGCAAUUGCGUAUUGCGUGCAAGUUUCGAUGCGGGUCCCAAAGAGCUGUUGGUGUCACUCUUCCAAGGACUCGUGCUGCUGUUGUUCAACGACAAACCGAUGUUGAGCUACGAGGAGAUAUUGGCUGCCACCAGCAUUGAGGAUGGUGAGCUGCGACGCACUCUGCAGUCGCUGGCCUGCGGACGUGCGCGUGUCAUCACCAAGACACCGAAGGGACGCGACAUUGAGGAUAAGGAUCAAUUUGAUUUCAAUAAUGAGUUCAUCAAUAAAUUGUUUCGCAUCAAAAUUAAUCAAAUACAAAUGAAGGAAACGAAUGAGGAGCAGAAGGCGACGGAGGAACGUGUUUUUCAGGAUCGUCAGUAUCAAAUUGAUGCGGCCAUUGUGCGCAUUAUGAAAAUGCGUAAAACGCUUAGCCACAAUUUGCUCAUCACCGAGUUGUUCAACCAGCUAACGUUUCCCGUUAAACCUGCUGAUCUGAAAAAGCGCAUCGAGUCACUGAUCGAUCGGGAUUAUAUGGAGCGGGACAAGGAUAAUCAAAAUCAAUACAACUAUGUGGCAUAAAUACGCGGAAAUUCAAUUUUUUGGCCAACUAACUCAGAACACAAAAUCAUUAAAGUUAUUUUUUAUCUUGAAAUCAUACCGUACAUCUGAACAAGUCCAACGAAAGAUUUUUUUUUUGUAUCUGUAAACAUUGAGAAAACAUGAAUUUCAUAUUGUAGUUAUAGUUCGAACACGAUCCCACAGAGUUUUAAGUGGUGGCUAGUGUAGUUGCUGCAAUUCGUUUUCUUUGUGUGUUAUACUGUAUUAUCUAAAAAAAAAUUAGUCGUUUAAUUUAACAAAAUGCUAUGCGGCUUCAAAGGUCAAAAGAAAAUGUUGCAACACGUGUGUUUUGUUGUUAACGAUAUAAACUAUCUAGAACGUCAACAGCAACAUUAAAAUGAACUUCACAAACUACAGAAUUCGUAAUUUGUUAAUUGGUCUGUUUUUAUUUUAUUAUUGAUGAUGAGUACUUGUCCUUCGAAUAACAAUAGAUGAAACAUUUGCAGGCUAAUAUUAAUAGAAAUACUUAAAUAAAUAAUAAACUAGUACUCGUAUGUAAAACGGAUACGCAUAAACUAAAUCGUUUUUAUUUAUGAAAUUUUUCAAUAAAUAAAACAGAAUUACUUGUAAA